AACAAAAAAAAAAAUUCAACUCUCACCUCCCCUCCAAAAAAUCUCUACCCCUAUUCCAUGGAUUCCGAUCACCAGUUCAAAUUUCCCCUGUUCCUCUUCCUAUCAACACUACUCAUCACCUCCGUCUGCUCCCAAUCAUGCACCCGCGGCUGCGACCUGGCCUUAGCCUCCUUCUUCAUCUCCGACGGCGCCAACCUCACCGGAAUCCGGGACCUGAUGCAGUCCCGCAUCCUCGACCCGGUCCUCGUGGGUCCCAUCAUGAGCUUCAACCGCCAGCUGGCCAACGGCGACCUCAUCCAGACCAACACCAGGGUUAACGUCCCCUUCCCCUGCGACUGCCUCUCCGGCGGAUUCCUCGGCCACGUUUUCCGCUACAACCUGGCGGUCAACGACACCUACGUGGGGAUCGCGGCGAAAUACGCCAACCUGACCACGGAGGCGGCGCUGGAGUGGUUCAACGCCUACAAUUCCAGUCGACUGCCCGAUGCAGGGGUGGUCAACGUCACGGUGAAUUGCUCGUGUGGAAACGCUGACGUGUCGAGGGAUUUCGGGCUGUUUGUCACUUACCCUCUUCGGCCGGAAGAUAGUUUCGGUUCGGUUGCCGCGUGGAGUAAUGUCUCGUCGGAGUUGGUCCGGCGGUACAACGUCGGUGUGGAUUUUGGGCGGGGGAGUGGCUUGGUUUACAUCCCGAUCAGAGAUGCAGAAGGAAGCUACCGGCCGUUGGGAUCAAGGAAAGGUGGACUCUUUUGACAUAAAUAACAAAAUUGAUGAAGAAAAUGCAAAACAAACACCUCACAAUCUGCUAACCUUUUCCAUUUGCAUAUCAGCUAUCAAUGGUCUGAGAUUAGGCAUAGCCGUAGCAGCCGGUGCCGUAAUCGUCAUGUUACUAGCCGGUUUCGCCGUCGCCAGAGUUUACAGGAGAAAACCCAGUCGCCACCGCCGGACGGAGGCAGCGCGGGCCAGAAAGUUUCCGGUUCCGUCACGUGGCGUCACUGUUGCCAAGUCCGUGGAGUUCACUUACGAAGAACUCGCUGCUGCUACCGACGACUUCAGCUUGAGUAAGAAGAUCGGCGAAGGUGGAUUCGGCGAAGUUUACUAUGCCGAGCUCCGAGGGCAGAAAACCGCAAUCAAGAAGAUGAAGAUGGAAGCGUCCAAGGAGUUCUUGGCUGAGCUCAAGGUCUUAACCAAUGUUCAUCACCUCACCCUGGUUCGAUUAAUUGGGUAUUGUAUCAAGGGCUCUCUGUUUCUCGUCUAUGAGUACGUGGAGAAUGGCAACUUAUCGCAACAUUUACGUGGUUCUGAUAGAGAACCUCUGUCCUGGUCUUCGAGGCUGCAGAUUGCUCUGGAUUCAGCGAGAGGGCUGGAGUACAUCCACGAGCACACGAUUCCGGUGUACAUCCACCGGGACAUCAAGUCGGCCAACAUCUUGAUCGACGACAACUUGCGAGCUAAAGUUGCAGACUUUGGAUUGGCAAAACUGGCCAAGAUAGAAGGCACAUUAGUCCCCUCACAAGUUCUUGUCGGCACAUUUGGGUACAUGCCGCCAGAAUAUAUUCACAUGAAGGCCGUUUCUUCCAAAGUGGAUGUGUAUGCAUUUGGUGUCAUCCUUUAUGAACUGAUUUCUGGGAAGGAGGCUAUCAUCCCACCAAACGGGUCAUCCCAAAUUGAAGCAACCACCCUUGUUGCACUGUUUGGGGAAGUGCUGAAGAACCAACCUUGCAGUGAACAAGAGUUGAUGAAAUUGAUUGAUCCAAGCCUUGGCCAUGAAUACCCAUUGGAUUCGGUCCGAAAGAUGGCAGAGCUUGGGAGGGCAUGCACGAGGGAGAAUCCUGAAGUGCGGCCGAGCAUGAGGUCUGUAGUGAUAGCCCUGACCGCAAUUUCAUCCGUCAGUGAGGCCUGGAAUCCUGACACUUUCUAUCGAAGAGGGAACUCAUUAUCAGUCGAUUUUCAUGUUAACAAAUAACAACCAUCCCAAUUCAAUGGCUUGAGUUUUCUUGAUAGAUGAAAAGAAGGAACAUAGAUGAUGGAUUCUCUCUUAAGGUAAUGUAAUGUAAUG